UCCGGUUUCUUCAUCCUCUGAGCUCGCUUGCUCCGCACAGCUAACUCGGGGCUCACGCGGGUGUGAUUUUCCCCAGCCUUCACCAGACCAUGGUGCUGUGCUGUCAGAACGGUAAACGGAGGCAGCCGAGACCUGCAUCUAGGAGUGUCCUGCAGAUGUUGGGGUUGUCCAGCGCUGCACCCCGUCACCCGGCUUCGUGGAUUCUAAGCUAGGUGCUUCCAGGGCGGCUACUCCAGAGAAAAGGGAGUCCCUGAAAGAGGCUUCUAGGGUAGCGGUCACCAGCCACCGGGCCUGAAGGACCCAGCAGAACCGCGAUAGGCUCAGGAGCCCUUUCUUGGUUUCUUUUUCUUUUUCUUUUUGGGUCACACCUGGUGAUGCUCAGGGGUUCCUCCUGGCUCUGCACUCAGGAAUUACUCCUGGUGGUGCUCAGGGGACCCUGUGGGAUGCUGGGAAUCGAACCUGGGUUGGCCGGGUGCAAGGCAAACGCCCUCCCCGCUGUGCUAUUGCUCCAGCCCCCUCAGGCGCCCUUGGGAGGUGCUUUCAGUCUGGUGUGUAGCGGGUGUAGGUUUCCGGGAAAUGAGUGGGGGGGGGGGGUGGCGUUUUAUUUCAGCAAAGGGGCAAACGGGCCACAGAAGCUGGGGCUUUGAAUUGCUUUACACCUGGCCCAGGGAGAGAGGGAAAGGGGUGGACUGGGGCAUUUCCCCCUGCUGGGGGUUCCAGCCCCCCCCCACAUACACACACACACACACACACACACUCUCACCAGUAGCCUAUUGGCAAGCAGAGGGCUGGGAGGAAUGUGACAGUUUAGCAGCUCCUGAAAAGUAGACAUUUAAUCCUUAACCCGGGGUGGGGGGUGGGAACUGCAGACUCCAAGGGGGCGUGCUGGUGGUUCAGGGUCCCCUGGGAAGCUUGCAGGAGGGAGGGGGCAGCCUGACUCCCCAGGGGUGCUGCUCUCCCCCCCACCCCUUAGCAGAAUUACUGACACCCCCCAGAUAGCCCCGCCCCAGUCUUGCCCCGCCCUCUUCCCCCCUCCCCCCUCUCCCCGGGCUGCCUCUGGUUCUCUUUGUCCUGGUGGCUCUGUGAGAAUUGCUGGUGCCCAGCCAGUGUGUGGACGGAGGCCUGGGCUCCUGGCCUCGGUGUGCGUGUGACUGAGUGAGUGGGUGAGAGAGUGAGUGCAUGUGCCAAGGGUCUGGGGCUCACCCACCCAGCAACUCUCGGGGGCUAGAGAGCAUCCGAGUGCAGCCCCCCGCCAUCUAUCUGGGGGGUCCCAUUCUGCAUCUCCUGCUGAGAGGAAGGAUCUGUAGAUCGGUGCCACCAGCAGCCAGCCAGGACGAGCCCAGCGACAGCCUCAGCCUUGGAGCCCAGAGGAACCAACGCCCGCCAUGCCCGGUGUCCUGGAAACGCUCUGGAACCAUUACAUCUGGCUCCUGGAGAGCGGAGAUAGGAGGCAGAGCCCGGCCCAGCCAGGGGCCCCAGGCUCGGGACCCACGGACGGCCCCCUGGCUGCUGGUGUACUCCCCGCUCCCGGUCGCCCUGCUCCUGGCCCUCUACCUCCUCCUGGUGCUGCUGGGUCCCCGUGUCAUGAGCCGGCGGCCACCGCUGCAGCUGACCGGACCCCUGGCCGCCUAUAACCUGGGGCUGGUGCUUCUCUCGGGGUACAUUUUCUACCAGUUCCUGACCACCUCCCUCCUGGCCGACUACAGCUACUUCUGCCAGCCGGUGGACUACAGCCCGAGUGAGCUCGGCAUGAGGAUGGCGCGCGUGUGCUGGUGGUGUUUCUUCUCCAAGGCCGUGGAGUUGCUGGACACGGUCUUUCUUGUCCUACGGAAAAAGCAGGAGCAGCUCACGUUCCUGCACGUCUUCCACCACGGGACCAUGCUCCUGAACUGGUGGGCGGGCGUCAAGUACGUGCCGGGGGGGCAAGGUCCAGUUUGUGGCAAUCGCCGCGCACUCCUCCUACAACCUCUUUGCCGAGUGCUCCUUCCCGGACGGGUUCAACCUCGCCGUCCUCCUCUACGCCCUCAGCCUCAUCGUCCUUUUCCUCAACUUCUACCGCCAGACGUACCUGCGGGGCCGGCGGAAGAAGCUGCUCUAGGGGCCAGGACACCGGGCACAGGGGCCCCUGGAAUGCAUCUCACAGCCCACCCGACCACGCUCAGGAUGCCCCGAGGCUGGUGUUUCCUCCUGGGGGAGGGAGAGGGAGAGCAGCAUCCUUCCCGAGUGCAGGGGACCAGUGCAGAGCCCCCUCCCACCACCACCCUCCUGCUCUCUCCCCCUGCCUGCCUUGUCCCCUGGGUCCGACCUUUCUCACUGGGUGUGAGACCCUCUUCGGCAUGCUCCCCCACUCCUGGCAUUCAAUAAACAAACGUUUGUCCCUUU